AUGGCUGUACAAAAUCUAAAUCCGUUUGCUCCCGAAUACAUACCAAUACGAAUCGUUCUUUCUCAUUCACCAAUUUUACUCAAUCACCAUGCAAACUCACAAAUCCAUCCCUCAUUAAUUCCAUAUAAUCCCAUCUUUCCAUCUCCCCAUCUUCUCUACCCAUCACCGUUUCCACCGCCGCCACCUCCUCCUCAGGCCGCCUCUUUCUUCCCCUUUCAUAACCCACCACUCAGAUUCCUCCCUCCGCCGCCGCCAUCUCCGGCGGCCAUCCCACCGUCGACUUCCGUGCAGGGAAGAGAACUCGUAUUAUCUUCGGAGAGGGUGAACCCUAGACCGAGUCAAAGGAGAGAGAUUGUUAACAAUGGGGCCACCCGGCGUGGUAAUUUUGUUAAUAAGCGAUGGAAACCUAGGAUAAAUAUUGGUCAUGAUCAUGAUCAAGAAAACAACUCCGUUAGGGUUUCUGAUGAAUCGAAGAGUACUGUAAUGGGUGGUUUAAAAAAACAUGAAGUUGAGUUUUUGAGAAGUGAAGAUGAGAAGACUACCGUUAUGAUCAAGAAUAUACCUUAUCGAUAUACAUGGGAAAUGCUUUUGAAGUUUAUUGAUGAACAUUGCAUGUUUGAGAAUCAAAAGUCUAAGGAAGAAGGAGAAACAAAUCGAUCUGCUUAUGAUUUUAUGUAUCUGCCCAUUGAUUUCAGAAGUGGGAUGAACAAAGGGUAUGCGUUUGUAAAUUUCACUGAUCCAAAAGCAGCUUUGAAGUUUCACCAUUGUUGCAGCAAUUUGCCAUGGGAAUAUUUUCCUGAAGCUCAUAAGCGAAGUUUUAUUGUCAGUGCUAGGAUUCAGGUAGGUUUACAGGCACUAGUGAGCCAUUUUGAGAAAUCGACCUUUUACUGUGAAGACGAUCAAUUUCUUCCGAUAAGAUUCAACCCACCAAGAGACGGCGGCGCCGGUGAUGAUGACGGCAAGACAUUCAUCGGAAAACGCGUCAGUCCGGCCAUGCGUGCAUCGUCGACGACGGCGCUACUAGAAGAUCCAGCAAUUGCUGUUGUUGCUGAUCUGAUCUGA